AUGCCUGAACUCACCGAUCAAGAAAAAAUAGAACGUCGUCGUCAGAAAAGACAACAAAAGAUAUUAUCAUCUGCUGGAGAUCGAUUAAGUCGUAUUACUGGUACUGCUUACCGUAACACAUCAACAGACAAUGUACGAUCCAGAAAACAACAACCAACCUCAGCACCUGGUACUUAUAUAUCAAGAAGCCAUGAUGAUGAUCCUAGUGAAGCACUUGGCGCUCCUCCACCUUUAGAUCCUUUUGAUAUGUUUAGCAGUAUGGCAUCAAGAAGAGGUUUUUCUAUCAAUCCAGCACUUUUAGCUAGUAUGACAGGGGAAAAUAUCAAUAACAACAAUACAUCAUCAGCAGCAAUGGAUCCUACUAUCAAAUAUUGGAAUUUGAUCCAUUUGUUAUCAAUGUUGAUUCUUGGGUUUUAUGCAGUAUAUAUGGAAUGGGCUGCGGUAGGUAUGACUCGUAUGGCUCAAUUAUUACAAGCUACUUCUAAUGAUAUAUAUGGAUUAUCUCAUUCUGGUCCCUUGUUUUGGUAUUUCGCCACCAUUGAAUUAUGUUUACAGUCGGCCCGAAUGUUUUAUCAACAAGGAACCAUGGCAAGUAAUUCAACUCUUGGCGCUUUGGCAACACAAUUACCUCCACCUUUGAACAACAUUAUCACUGUUUUUCUACGAUAUAGACUUAUUUGGUCAUGCUUGGUUCAAGAUUGUUGUAUAUUGGUAUUCAUCAUUGGCUUUGCUCAAGUGAUUUCAGCCUUCUUUGUCUAG